AUUUCACGCACGCAAUCAGCGGCCACGCAUUGUAAAUAACGCCACUUUAAUCAUCUCCCUGAAAAAAAAAAACACCUACAAUCAGAUAACCCUGAACUCACACAAGGAAACAACAAACAAUACACUUAUCAGCUAUUACUAGGAAGGAGACUCGGACAGAAGGGGACGAGAGUUGCUCAAGGCUGACUGCCUCGGCGCCUCCUGCUCCCAGCGCCGCCUAGCUCACCAUUUCCCUGAGUACUGUGCUCCUAGUCAUGUUGCCUCGACGUCUGUCCCGCCUGGUGCAACCCGUGAGGCGCCUGGGCACCUGCACCACCUCCAGGGCCUCCUUCACCGUACAGGACGAGGAGGACUUCAGAAACCGGGUGCUGUCCUCCUCCACUCCCGUCGUCGUCGAUUUUCAUGCCCAGUGGUGUGGGCCGUGCAAGCUGCUGGGACCUCGGCUGGAAACUAUCAUUGGUGGAAAGGGCGAGAAGGUCCACCUGGCGAAGGUUGACAUUGAUAACGUGUCAGACUUGGCACUUGACUAUGGGGUGUCAGCUGUACCCUCAGUCCUGGCGGUGAAGGAUGGCAAGGUGGUGGACAAGUUCGUUGGCCUUCAAGAGGAGUCGAGGAUUGAGGCCUUCGUUAAUCGGCUCAUUGGGGAGUAGUAGUGGCAAACUGAUGCCUAGGUGUAUAAAGAAGAGUGUAUCAUUAAAGAUUGAGAGUUGGUGAUGUAAGGGAAUACACAUAGACCACCAGUGAUAAAAGGUUGUCAUUGAUAGACUGACUGACUUUGUAAAUUGACUGACUGAUAGACACAGACUGACUGAUGAAAGUGGUGGAGUAAGUCGCUGUGGAUGAAUACAGUGAACAGUUGCCGUGCGUGGGCAUUACGAGAGGCAGGUGGUCAGGAUCCUUCAGUCAUUGUCCAUUUCCAGCAUACUGUACACACUGACAUCAGGCACUUGUAGGAAAAUAGUAUGUACACUCAUGGUUAGUAUUCAAGUAAUGUCCCUCACUCACAUUCAAUGUUCUUUAGAGUUUUCCCUCAAUCUCAAGUUCCUGACUCUGCUAAGAACUUAUCUCUUGCCAUUAUAUGUAAGUAGCCUGUCAGCAGAUCAGAGGACUUCAGAUUGAGAGGCAACCCAAAGCACAGUGGAAGUGAGUGACUAUGACCUUACCAAAGCAUAAUGAUGUCCACCUUUUUCAUUCCAAGUUGCAAGAUAAUAGUUUUUCUUCCCAUAGCCAGUUAAAAAAUGCAAUAGUUCCCUCUGCGUUCCUGCUGCACUUUACCAUACCACCAGGCUACCACCCACCGAACCAGGCAUAUCCCUUCUUGGCCAUCUUACACUACUGACUUGCACACACAAUGUCUUCCUCUUUAGCACACCUUCCUGCUGUGUAAUCUGUGCAAUUUAAGGAUAUAAAUCGCAACCUUUUUAUUUAAUGAUCACAAAAAAAAGAAAAGGAUGAUGAAAAAUACAUCUCUUCUCAAGCUUCUUACAAGUAUACAGUUCUAUAUAUUGACUUCUGCCUUCAUAUUGUUCUUCAUCUAGUUCACAUACAUCUCUGUUCCUGCCUUCAUGGAUCACACACUAAUGGACAUGUUAUCACUUUGCCUUCCUGCCACCCCCUGUACUUGAGCUUUCACAUUACCUUUCAUGGAUCACAGGCCUCACCGCUGCCCGGCUGCUGGUGAUGGGAACAGACUCCCUCUCAUAUGCACUGUACUUAACACAGUUUGUAUACUCUGCAUUUGUUCCUCCUUUGAAUGUUUGUACAGAAGAGAUGUAAUUAUGUAUCAUUGCUCUUUCAGUUGAGUAUAAUAAAGUUUUCAUAGCUAUUUUCACUCAA